GCGAACAGGACGGGAUACUGGGAGAGCCGGAAGAGUCGCGCGGAUAGAUAAGAGGGAGCGCGAGCUGAUCCACAAACGCUUCUCCGUCGAAGCUACAGCUGCGACAGGACCAUAUCCUACCGGAGGAGUUUUAACACUCAAUUGUUCGGAGCUAGCUUUGUAGCAGACGUGUGUGUGGCAUACGGUUCACAAACAUGUGGAAGGCAGCAGCUGGACAGUCAGUCAAUGUGUCUGUAGACGAUGGAGGCGACGACUGGGAGACUGACCCCGACUUUGAGAAUGAUGUGUCUGAGAAGGAGCAGCGCUGGGGAGCCAAGACGGUGGCUGGCUCAGGCCAUCAGGAGCACAUAGAUAUACACCGUCUGCGUGAGACUGUUUCUACGGAGCAUACCAACCUGAAGCAGAAGGAGUUGGAGAACAUGCCCAAAGCCUCGCAUGGCUAUGGAGGAAAAUUUGGAGUGCAGCAAGAUCGAAUGGACAAGUCUGCUGUUGGACACGACUACCAGAGCAAACUGUCCAAGCACUGCUCCCAGGUUGACACCUCUAAGGGCUUUGGGGGGAAGUUUGGAGUGCAGGCUGACCGUGUUGACCAGUCAGCUGUUGGGUUUGAGUAUGCUGGAAAGACGGAGAAGCACGCGUCACAGAAAGACUACACCACAGGGUUUGGGGGGCGAUACGGAGUGCAGGCUGAUCGAGUCGACCAGAGUGCCGUGGGCUUCGAUUACCAAGGCAAAACCGAGAAACACGAGUCCCAGAAAGAUUAUGCCAAGGGCUUUGGAGGCAAGUUUGGCGUUGAGAUGGACAAGGUGGACAAGAGUGCCGUGGGCUUCGAGUAUCAAGGCAAAACAGAGAGGCACGAAUCCCAGAAAGACUACGUGAAGGGCUUUGGGGGCAAAUUCGGUGUGCAGACUGACAGACAGGACAAAUCGGCUCUGGGAUGGGACCACCAGGAGAAACUGCAGCUCCACGAGUCCCAGAAAGACUAUAAGCGUGGGUUUGGAGGGAAGUAUGGGGUAGAGGUGGAGAGGCAGGACCAGUGUGCCCUGGGCUAUGAGCACAAGGAGAACCUGGCCAAGCACGAGUCCCAAAAAGAUUAUUCUAAAGGCUUUGGAGGGAAGUUUGGUGUCCAGAAUGAUCGCAUGGAUAAGAGCGCGAGCACAUUCGAGGAUGUGGAGAAGCUGACUCCAGCUUACCAGAAAACCAAACCUGUGGAGGCCGGUGCCAGCAGCACAGGAAGCAUCAAGGCCCGCUUUGAGAACAUCGCCAAGCAGAAAGAGGAGGAGGACAGAAAGAGGGCUGAGGAGGAGCGGCUGCGUCGUCAGGCCAAGGAGCAGCAAGAGCAGGAGGCAGCGUGCCGCCAAAUUGAAGAGACUGCCAAAGCCCCGUCUCCUGUCCCUGCUGCAAGUCCCAGUCCGACCCCAAGCCCGACUCCAGCGGUUCAACCAGGUAGAAGCCACGGGAACACGGAGGAGGAGGAGGCCUACGACACCGCUGAGAAUGGAGGGCAGCUGUAUGAGGCAGAGCCACAGAGCCACUACACACCGCACGAUGAUCUGUACCAGAACCCCAAGGAGUCUGCAGCAGAAGACACGCAGCAGUACGACUACGGGGAGGACCUUGGGGUGACAGCUGUGGCCCUAUAUGACUAUCAAGCAGCGGGCGACGACGAAAUUUCGUUUGACCCCGACGACAUCAUCACCAACAUUGAGAUGAUCGACGAGGGCUGGUGGCGAGGCGUGUGCAGAGGUGCUUACGGCCUUUUCCCAGCCAACUAUGUGGAGGUUCGGCAGUGAUGACGAUGAUGACCCGUCUCCCCGUGCUUUUGCAAAAAAGGGGAGGGAGACGUUUUCAGAUACUGUCCUUCUCACACCUGGGUCUUUUUUUUUUUCCUCUCUUUUUUACUUUUUCCCUCCCUCUCUUCGCGUCAUCUUAGUGUUCCGACACAAUGCUAGAUGUCUGAGCUCCUCACAGCUUUUCUUCUUCUUCUCUCCUAUCUAUUCAGUUAUUUUUAAAUCGGAGACAAAAUGGAGAACCGGUUAUCUGACUGAAUACUCUGCUUAACGCGGCACAAAGCUUUGCACCUCUGUUUAGCAGGAGUUAAAGCUACAAGAUGCAACCAAUAGUUUAUUUGGAGACUGAGCUGAUUUCACUUUUUAACACCAGUCAUGCAGUCCCAGCUUGCAUUUUGCAGCUUUCAAUAUUUUUUUUUUUUCAUGUUCAGCUUCACAAGGUGUUGAUCAGGCAUUGUUGCUUCUCCGUAUGUCAGUGAAUAAUUAUUGGCUAAUUAUUCUCCCCCCGGUCCUGUGGCCUGCAGAUGGUUCCCCCUCCAGCAACAUCUUCCAGCCUUAAAAGCAGCUGGAGGAGUUGGUGUGAGGAAAUGCAGUGAUUGCAUCAUGAAGAGUACUCUCAGUCUCACCAAAGAGCAGAGAAAUGGCUAAAUCGAGCUUAUAACAUCUGAAACGAUGUGCACAGAGCUCAGGGUGCUCACUGUGUAGUAGCUCAACCUUAAUUUAAGCAGGAGAAGUUUGAAGUGAAACAAAUCUCCCUUCCUCUUUGGAUUAUCAUGUAUAUUAAUGGUUAUAUUCUGUCCAGUCCAAUGACCCAAUGAUCCCAUUUGCUUCUUGGUGUUUGUAGUUUGCGGUGUUGCACAGGAGUCCAAACCCCCCUUCCAACUGUAACUGUGCACGCUGAUGAAAUCUGAGGGUGGUUUAGAGCUUCGUGUAGUAUGAAUAAGUCUUUUUGUGUCUGUUGGAGAAAACUUACCUUUAUUAAGUUGUUCUCAGAAUCACAGGGCCAACAACACCAGAGAUUCAUUUGUGCUACUUGGGUGAAUCACCAGAUAAAGACACAGUGUUAUUUGAAUUCUAUUCUGCAGUGCUGAAUCAUAGACUUCAUGCUUUGAAUCAUGUACAUAGAGCUCAUACUUUAUAAUGCUUGAAAGAAGUCCUAGAUAUAAAAGCAGGGUUUUUGUUCCGUCACUGUGUUCUUCUGUGGAGGUGGACAGGACUUUUAUAGGGUUUCUUUUCUUGUCGCUGGGAAUGCUUGGAGGUUUUUGUGCGUCAUGUUGAUAUACACGUGAAGCUUUGUGAUGACUGCUCUGGAGCCUAACUGACAUCCUUCGCUAUGACCCAGCGGUGCGUGCGACCUCUCGUUGUCGGCAGUGACGAUGACCUGUGGAAAUGUAUCCAGCUGAUGUUGAGGGACAGGGCUUCAGUCUGUUCUCCAAACAUGAAUAAUUCCCAACAGGCAGCAGGCUGGACAAACUGCUCGUCUGUGGAGUGCAGUAGUGUAGCUUCCACAGGUGUGUGCGUGCGUGUGAGAGUUUCUUCGUUUAUUCAUCUUCUGGGUUUUAUAAUUAAAAAAGUGACCUUUUUAAAUGUAUUAUCUGUACCUCUGUUUGCUUGAGUCACAUUAUUACCUGCUUGUUCUUUUUAUUUUUUAGUUUCAAUAAAUAAACUAAAUAAGCUUGUU